CGUCGUAUUCUCGGAAUGGAAUUGAAGAAGAUGUUGAUUUGCAGACGCGUUUUCUCUACUUCUCCGUCAACUACAACUCUUCUUCCCCAUUUUUUUCUCCUUCUAUACCCCCCCCCCCCCCAUUUAUCAGUACAAUCUUUAUUCCCAAACAUCCAGUUGCUGCAAAAUGAGUUUCAGGUGUUUGUUCAUCACCACACUUUUCAUCGUCUUGCCUCUGCAAUCAUACUCUUUCAGACACCUAUACCAACAAACCCACGUUUCUCCUUCACCUAGCCCUUCUUAUGGUGGAUCAAAUUUCGAGAAAACCUGCAGUAGAGCAUCUAGAAGUUGCCAGUUGAAGAAUAUAACUGCCUGUUUGACUUAUUCUCAAAGUGAAACGCGGCUCUAUGUAUAUAACAACGGUGAAAGCCUGCAGCGUGUGAAAGUUAUGAUACUUCCUGCUAACAAUACUUUCAUGGAUAUAAACAUAACAAGCCACCAAAUGAAGACGGUCAAUAUUUCCUCGGACGUUGACUUAAGUUCCACGAUAGCGUUGACCACUAGCGACGGUGAUUGUCUAAUAAGCACAGCUGCAGCUCCACCACCUGAAAACCGCUACCAGAAACACACUUCAUACGCGACUUACAUAACCCGAACUAAUGGUGCAUACCUAGUAAUCCUACUACUUAUCAUAGGCGGACUUUUGACUUUUUUCAAACUAAGGACCCGAAGCAGACACCUUGACGGGGUCCCAUACCGCGAACUUGAAAUGAGAAACACAACAUCGGUGAACAUGGACGAAAAAGAAACCGAGAAUUGGGAUCAAGACUGGGAUGAUCAAUGGGAUGAUGAAAAAGAAAAACCUGUGAAAUCUGGUGGUGAUGAUCAUGUUUUGGUCAAACAAGUCAAACAAGUCAAACAAGAAAAUGAUGUUAUUACAAAGUUGCCUAAUUCUAAUGGAAGGAAAAAGGAAUGGGAUGAUUAAUAGUUUGAAUGAAAGUGUCCAAAAUGAAGGUAAAGAUGUUCACAUUUUUUACAAUAUAUUAAGAAAGAUUAUUAAAACAAAUUUCAGAUUUUUAAAAUUUUUAUAAAUUUUGAGAGGCAAUUUUGAUUCCUAUUUUGUAAAAAUUAUGGAUUAUUGACUAUUCUACUAGAUUUAUGUUAUAAGCAAUGCUUGUAAGAAUAAA